CUUUACAUGGUACACACCAUAUAACCAAAGCACUCGGCUCUCAGCUGCAGUAUUGGAGCUCGGACCUGCGCGUCUGAUAUGACUGAAUUCCCCAAGCCUGCUGAUGUCUGGAGAUAGAAUAUGCACUCUAAAGAUUUAAGCAAGAAACUUUUGAAAUAAGGGAAUAAAAUGCUUAAAACAGGUCUAAUAUUUGGCAAGAGUGAUUUGUAAACUUUGGGGUCGCAUUGUGCACCAGUUAAUGCAUAACAGAAAUAUAUCAAUGUCAAACAAAACAAGACUCUGAGAAGCGAAUAUUGAUUUAUUUCUUUUAAUUGUUAAACACCCGAGAAUGGAGCUACCAGGGAUUAUAACAGACUUCCCUCAGCUGUCAAAGCAGAGCAUUUUGCUGCUUUUGCUUGCACUCCUGGUCGCCGUGCACUUGAUGGUGGGUUUGGUGCGCCACCGGACUUUGCCGGGCCCGUUUCCGUGGCCGAUCAUCGGCAACGCGGCGCAAAUCGGCAACUUCCCGCAUCUCUACUUCAUGCGCAUGGCGCAGCGCUACGGCGAAGUGUUUCAGAUCAAGCUUGGCAACCGGCAAGUGGUGAUCCUUAACGGAGACGCGAUCCGACAGGCGCUCGUGCAGAAGGGUGUGGCGUUUGCCGGCAGACCCGAUUUCGCAUCGUUCCGCUUCAUCUCGGGCGGUCUGAGCAUGGCUUUCGGCAAUUACAGCGAAUGGUGGAAGGUGCACCGACGGGUAGCGCAUGCCACCCUGCGCAAGUUCACUACGGGUAACCCGGACACCAAGAACGUCAUCGAGAACCACGUCGUGAGUGAAGCCAAAGAGCUGAUCUCAGUGUUUUUACGCGAAACGCGCGCGCACGGCUACUUUCAGCCUCACCAGUUCCUUGUAGUGUCCAUGGCGAACAUCGUAAGCGCACUGUGCUUCGGGAAACGGUAUUCGCACGACGACGUAGAGUUUCAGCAAGUGGUGGGACGGAACGACAAGUUCACGAAGACAGUGGGCGCCGGCAGUAUCGUGGACGUUAUGCCUUGGCUUCAGUACUUUCCCAACCCCAUCAAAACACUGUUCGAUCAGUUCAAGGAACUCAACACAGAGUUCUCUGAAUUCAUCCUGGCUAAGGUCGUGGAACACCGGAAAACCAUGGAACCGAGCAUCGUCCGGGACAUGACGGAUGCACUCAUCAUGACCCUGGACCGCGGCAUGACUGGGGCACCCGGGGUCUUCCUGGAUGAGAAGUAUGUGCCCCCGACACUCGGGGACAUCUUUGGCGCGAGCCAAGACACCACUUCCACGGCGAUGCAGUGGAUUCUUCUGCUGCUCGUGAGGUAUCCAGAUAUUCAGAAGAGACUUCAGGAGGAGGUGGACAAAGUAGUGGGCAGGAGUUGUCUACCUUCCCUCAACGACCAACCACAUCUCCCAUAUGUGAUGGCCUUCCUUUAUGAGAUGAUGCGGUUCAGCAGUUUUGUCCCUGUGACAAUCCCCCACAGCACCACUGCAGACACCUCCAUUAAUGGAUACCCCAUUCCCAAAGACACUGUGGUUUUCAUCAACCAGUGGUCCCUGAACCAUGACCCCAAAAGGUGGGAUCAGCCCAAGAUCUUCAACCCGCUGCGUUUCCUGGAUGAGGAUGGGGAACUAAAUAAAGAUUGGACUAACAAUGUCUUGAUCUUCUCCAUGGGAAAGAGGAGGUGUAUUGGAGAGGAACUAUCCAAAAUGAAGCUCUUCCUCUUCACAACACUCCUGAUCCAUCAGUGUCACUUUACAGCGGAGAAAGAACCCACUAUAGACUACACAUAUGGGUUAACACUGAAGCCCAACCCAUUCCGAAUAGCAGUAACUCUGCGUGAUUGACUGCACCGAGUGGAGAAGGUGGGAUGAACAGUGGCUCAACUGAAAACUCACAACCAGUAUGCAACAAAAAUGAUUAAAAGCUCUAUAGAUUAAAUAAACAUUUUAACCAGUGGAAUAGGUUUACUUUCAGUUUUUGGGGGAACAUACUGCUUAUAGCACUUAACCCUUUGUAUGAAGAUGUCUAAUUGCAUAACAGGGUUUAGAAUCUCCUAUAGGUCUGAUCAACCCAUCCAGCAAGCUCUUGAAGAGUGCGAGUGGUCUCAUAUCUAUACACAUACCAACAAGUCGGUUCUUCAACAUCCUGUAUUAAUAUUUUGUUUAAACUGCAAUAAAUCAAAGUUAAAUACUUCAAAUUAAAAAGAAGAAGAAGAAAAGAAACAGGUUAACUGAGAAAAACUAUCUUGAUCUAUCUGAUCAGCAAGCCCUGUCCGGAUCACUAUAAUUCAGGGAAUCACUUUUUCCUUUUGUGGUAGCGUGAGAACAAAGGAGAGAUGCAGGUGUCCGAAUGAAGACUAACUGGUCCACAGGGAGGCUAUGAAGGAUUUAUUGUAAAUUGAAUACAUCACAGGUGGCAAAUAACUUUUUAUUUCUCUGAGGAUGUCACUGUGGUUACAUUAUAAACUAGAGCAAGAUGAGAGCCUACUCAAAGACUGAAAAUGGUGCUUUCAAUCCUGUGCUCCUUCUCCAAAGUCCUCAUUCUGAUGAUGUAGUCAAAGUCCUUGAUGGUGGAUGAAUUAAAACUUGGGCAUUAAAGGAACAG